AUGAUUGCCCCCAAACGAGGCCUGUCCAAGAACAAUGGGACAGAAGAAGCUGAGAGUCCGAAAAAGCGCCGAACCGGAGACGCAGUGGCUCUAAUUCUGGCUAGAGGCGGAAGCAAAGGGAUCCCCCUAAAGAACAUCAAACCUCUGGCCGGGGUUCCUCUUAUCGGCUGGGUGCUGAGAGCCGCCAUCGACUCGGGAGAGUUUGACAGUGUUUGGGUGUCAACAGACCACGAUGAGAUUGAAAAAGUUGCAAAAUCCUGGGGGGCCAAAGUCCACCGGAGGAGCAAAGAAGUCUCCAGGGACGACUCCACUUCCUUAGAGACAAUUCAGGAGUUUCUCAAGGAAAAUCCAAAGGUGGCAGUGGUCUGUAACAUCCAGGCUACGUCUCCGUGUCUCCAUCCAUCUCACAUAAAGAAGGCCCUGAAGAAGAUCACAGAGGACGGAUACGACUCCGUCUUCUCCGUGGUCCGGAGAUACCAGUUCCGCUGGAAGGAGGUCGAGAAAGGAAGUGAUGAAUGCACUGAGCCGGAGAAUCUGGACCCUGCAAAGCGUCCAAGGCGUCAGGACUGGAACGGAGAGCUGAUUGAGAACGGUUCAUUUUACUUCGCCACCAGAGACCUCAUCAUGAAGGAAGGACGGCUGCAGGGCGGUCGGGUCGCCUACUUUGAGAUGGAGCCGGAGCACAGCGUGGACAUCGACGUGGACAUCGACUGGCCUGUGGCAGAGCAGAGAGUACUCAGGUAUGGAUACUUUGGCCAGGGAGUGUCUCUGAUGUUCUGUGAAGUUUCUGGAUGUUUGACAGAUGGACGGGUCCACUUGUCUGGGUCCCUGGACAGGCCUGGAGUGUCCUUUGCUGGUGGCCCGUGUGACACUGAUUCUGGAGUGGUCUCUGCUAGCGUGUCCGACUCUGAAGCGUCCUCUGCUAAGGGCUCCAUCCACAGCAGAGACACAGAAGGAUUCAGUGUCUCCAUCCACAGCAGAGACACAGCAGGACUCAGGAAGCUGCAGAAAAACGAUCUGAAGGUGGUGCUGCUGAUCUCUGAGGAAGAUGUGCUCCGACAGAUGCGUUUUAAACUGAAGAUGAUGACGGACUGCGAAGUGAUGGUAGUUGGAAAGGAUCCACUAAAAGAUGUGCAGUCGAUGGUGGAGAAGGAGAAGCUGGACUGGAAGGAUGUGGCCUACAUGGGCUGCGACGCAGUGUCCGCCAGCUGUCUGCACCUGGCGGGUCUGAGCGCGGCGCCUGCAGACGCCCAUCCCGACGCCAUCAGGGCCGGCAAGUUUGCCUGCAAACAAGGCGGCGGGGCGGGCGCUGUGUGGGAGUUCGUUGAACACGUCCUGCUCCAGAAGCAGCAGGCCAGGCUCCAGAUGAAGCAGGAUUUGAUCGACCGCAACUGCUUCUGAUGUCAGAACCUGGAUUAAGAUGCGACACGUUUUGUGUGAAGUACUUGGGAUGGUCAUUAAAAAUCACUGAUUUCUUGUUUCUGCAUGUCUUAGUUCAGUUUACUUGUUUGAUUGUUGUUCUAAAUCUGGUGGUUGGUUUUCAUAAAACAUCCAGAGGCAAUAUGGUGAGAUUACACUUUAAAACUAAAUCAAGCUAUGGGUUACUGAAUAAAAAGACAGAUUUCUGUGUUUUCUGUGUAAAAGUUAAGAGCAGGGGUCACCAACACGGUGCCUGCGGGCCCCGGUUGCCCGAGGGCACCUCGUCAGUCAGAGCAAGUUCUAAAAAUAGCCAUUGUCAUUAGGGAGCACUGCCAAAGAAAUUAUUUAAUUUAAUGUUUCUACAUUAAAGUAAUAACAUUUGUUUAUGUUUAGAGUUUAAAAAAAGGAAAUGAUAAAAAACGUUUAAAAUAAAUUGCUUUAUGUAUAAAACUCUUUUCUAUGGUUAAAGUUCAGAACUUUGCGCAGACGCCUGCAGGAUUUUAUCGGAGGGCAGCGGCGCCUGCAUCUGUACGGCUGUACAUACUCUGCGUACCUUGAGAUCUUCCUUCAAGUAAAAAUAAAAGAAUAAUUUCUGGAAUUUUAUUAUUUAACCCUCUUUACUAUUAACAAAAUUGUGGAGGAAAAAAGAUCAUUUGUGCCAAAACAUCUUGUACGCAGCACACAUCUGUUUGAGUCUCUGGGGGUCAAAGGGCACUCAAAGCCUAAAUCUUUUUGACCAGUUUACUUUUGUUUAUUUGGCAGCUUGACGCUUUUUCUGUAAGAUAAAAAUGAGUGACAGGAGUUUCAACCUCUCGUAGUUCUAAGAUCGGUCGUUUUUAUCCCGGCGGAGCUUUUUGCCGUGUGCGGUUCUGGCGGGUCGUCGGUUUAUGAGCUUCUUUGAUGUUUCCUGAACUGGAGAGCUGAUGGGUCACCUGUCAGUUGACCUCUGCUGCUCUUCCUGAGCGUCGCGCUAAGACUGCGGGUUAAACCAUUUAAUCUAGUUGAAUUUAAUCUAGUGAAAGUAGAGUAGAAAUUAAGCAAAUAUUAUUGCUUCACCUUCUCAUCCUCUGAACCUCUGACACCACCUGGACCUGCGAUCAACACUCUCCUCUUUCCGUGAACCACAAGGUCAGGCUUCACUUCCAUGUCUUUAUUAUUUAGCAUCGUCUUGUGGUUUAGGUUUGUGCUGAUUUUUGUGCAUUGUGCUACUCUCCGAUCUGUCUGACCUUUUCUUUUUUUUCAACAUCUGUUGGUGUCAGCCAGCGGGUGACCCGUCAGCUGUUCAGUUUGCGAAACCACAAAAAAAGGCGAAUAAACCGGCGACCCGCCAGAACCGCACAAUGUAAAAAGCUCAGGCGGGAUCUUAGAACUACAGGAGGUUCAAACUCCACUCAUUCAUUUUUAGCUUACAGAAAAACACCAACCCGUGAAAUGAACAAAAGCAAACUGACCAAUCAGAUUUAGGCUUUGCCCUACCUCACCCCUAACAGACUGUACACAGCUGUGUACAGUCUGUUGAAUAUCUUUUUUUGCCACAAUUUUACUAAUAGUAAAGAGGGUUAGAAAAUAAAACAUACGAUAACUAUUCUUUUUAUUCAAAGGAAAAUCUCAAGGUACUCAGUGCGUACAGCUGUGCAGCUGCAGGUGUUGCAGCACCAAUCCAGACUCUCAGUCACUUGUGGGCAAUUUAGAAUCACACAGAAAAUCUCCAAAACUCUGAACUAAGAACUUCUGACCACAUAAUAGCAAUUAACCAUAUCUGUCCUUACUGAUAACUAUUGUCAGUAGUGCCUAACAUUAAUAUGAUCAGGCAGCAUGUAAUCAUAUAUACAUACAUGUAUUAUUGUUAUAAAGGCUGAGCCAAGAAAAUUUACCUUCGUGUUACUCUGGAUCCAUGAAGUAGCUCCCAGUUUCAAAAAGGCUGGUGACCCCUGGCUAAGAGCAAAGACACUUGAAUAAAUCUUUUUGCUGGUUUUCACAGGAACGUAUUGGAUCUGACGUUCUUCCACUAUUUCAUACCGUUUCAUUGUGUUUGUUGUACAUUCGGCUCAUAAACUCUUACAGAUAGCACUGAUUAUGUUUGGGUUCCCUUUGCUGCUUUAACUCUGCUCUGAUGAUCUGUCUGAUUUAACACUGAUGUCCUGCACAUAAUAUGGUUUUGUACCAAAUUGCAGUUGUUGAUUUCUGUCUGCUCUAAAAUCACUGUAAUAGCUUAAAUGUGCUGUGUUUAUUGAUCUUUAUCACUAUUAUAGUACUAAUGACAGGAAAAUUAAAUGUUAUCAUGGAGUACCUGUAUAAACUGAUUUUCUGGUAGAUUUGAUUCAAUAAAGGGGAAAAAACA